GGAGCGGGGCACGGAGCGGGAGCGGCUGGGCCGGAGCGGGGCGAUGGGGCCGGGGCGGCCGGCGGCGCUCGGAGCCCUUCUGCUGCUGGGAGCAGCGCUCGGAGUCAGCCGUGGCAGCAGGGGCCUGGCAGAGAGCUCCUUCCCCGAGGACACGGUGGCAGACAGCCUGGUGGGCACCCGCGGGCACCGCUACUACCGGCAGCUCUCCGACGACGAGGACCUGGUGGCGUCCGCAGAUGGCAGCGGCGAGGAGGGCAGCGGAGUGCCCUGGCCCCUGGCUGGCACCACCCUGGCACCUCCCAUCGGGCUGGCACCCACUGUCUAUUUCCGGGCGCUGGUGAACUUCUCCCGCAGCAUCGAGUACAGCCCGCGGCUGCAGGACCCGGACGGCCCCGAGUUCCGCGAGAUCGCCGAGGCCCUGGUGGACACGCUGGAGUCAGAGUACUACAAAGUGCCUGGGGAGCAAGUGGUCAGCGUCGUCUUCAUCAAGGAGCUGGGGGGCGACGUGUUCGUGGAGCUGGACGUGGGCUCGGAGGGCAACGCGGAGGAGGCUCAGCUGCAGGCGGUGCUGCAGGACCUGCUGGCCGCGGGCUCCAUCGCCUCCUACCACACCUCCCCCCUCGGCUUCCAGUUCCGCCGCCUGGGGGCCGUGACCCCCCAGCCGCGGGCCUGCACGGCGCUGGAGUUCAGCUGCGGCAGCGGUGAGUGUGUGGCGGCCGAGUACCUCUGCGACCGCCGCCCGGACUGCCGCGACGGCUCCGACGAGCAGGGCUGCGGUGAGCCCCCCCCGAGCCCCCCCUUCACCACCUCCCGGCCGGGCACCAGCCGCCCCCUGAGCACCCCCAGCGCCGCUGCCACCACCCCCUGGGCGGCAGGCGGCGCCCCCCCGACCCCGCGCCCCCCGCGGCCGGCGGCGGGCAGCGGGUGCCCGGCGGGGGAGGCUGCCUGCGGGGACGGGCACUGCGUGCCCAGGGACUACGUCUGCGACGGGGAGCCCGACUGCGCCGACGGCAGCGACGAGCAGGCCUGCGGCACUCCGUCUCCCUGCGAGCCCAACGAGUUCCAGUGUGCCAAUGGGCACUGUGCCCUCAAGCUGUGGCGCUGCGAUGGGGAGAACGACUGCGGCGACGGCUCCGACGAGACCCACUGCCCCACCAAGGCUCCGGACGCCGCCUGUGGGCCGGCGGAGUUCCGCUGCCAGGCCUCUGGCACCUGCAUCCGUGCCAGCUACCAGUGCGACCGCGAGCCCGACUGCCCCGACCGCUCCGACGAGGUUGGCUGCGUGCCCCCGCAGGUGGUGACGCUGCCCCAGGAGUCGGUGCGGGCAGUGCCCGGCCAGACAGUGACCUUCACCUGCGUGGCCACCGGGGUGCCCACCCCCAUCAUCACCUGGCGCCUCAACUGGGGGCACACCCCCAGCAGCCACAGGGUGUCGAUCGUCAGCGAGGCCGGGCAGGGCACCCUGACCAUCCGGGACGUGAAGGAGGCCGACCAGGGAGCCUACACCUGCGAGGCCAUCAACAGCCUGGGCAUGGUGUUUGGCAUCCCCGACAGCAUCCUCACCGUCACCCGCCCCGGGCCGUGCCCCGAGGGCCACUUCCAGGUGCCAGGGAGCUCUCGCUGCCUGCCCUGCUUCUGCUUCGGUGCCACCACCUCCUGCCGUGCCACCUCCCGGCAGCGCCAGCGCCUGCAGCUCCGCUUCGACCGCCCCGGGGACUUCAAGGGAGUCAACGUGACGGUGCCAGCCUCGCCCUCCUCGCCGGUGCUCUCUGCCACCCAGCUCCACGUGGAUGUGGGCACAGAGGAGUUCCAGCUGCUGGACCUCUCCCGACGCUUCCUGGCCCUCGAUGCCUUCUGGGCACUGCCAAGCACCUUCCUUGGCGACAAGGUGGAUGCCUACGGGGGGGCACUGAGCUAUGGGGUGCGGUACCGCCUGGGCCGGGGUCCCCCCGAGCCGACCGCCCACCCUGACGUGGUGCUGCGCGGGCACGGGCGCCAGCUGCGGGCACGAGCCGGUGCCACCCGCCCCGACGUCACCAACCAGAGGCGCGUGCCCUUCACCGAGGAGCACUGGGAGGACGAGGAGGGCGCCCCCGUGAGCCGGGAGCUGCUGCUGCUGGUGCUGCAGGACCUGGAGGGCAUCUUCCUGCGGGCGGUGUACGACGGGCACAUGGCCAGCGUGGGGCUCGGCGCCGUGGCCAUGGACGUCACCGGCCCCGGGGACGGCGGCCUGGGCCCCGCCGGGGAGGUGGAGGAGUGCAGGUGCCCGGUGGGCUACGCGGGGCUGUCGUGCCAGCGCUGCGCCAGCCGCUUCGAGCGGGUGCGGAAGGGACCCUACCUGGGCAGCUGCUCCGGCUGCGGCUGCCACGGCCACUCCGGCACCUGCGACCCUGUCUUCGGGCACUGCCUGAACUGCCAGCACAACACGGAGGGGCCGCAGUGCGAGAAGUGCAGGCCUGGCUUCUUCGGCGACGCCACCAAGGGCACCGCCACCGCCUGCCACCCCUGCCCCUGCCCCUACACCGAGCCCUCGCGCAGGUUCUCUGAGUCCUGCUUCCUGGACACCGACGGCCAGGCCACCUGCGACGCCUGUGCCCCCGGAUACGCCGGGCGCCGCUGCGAGAGGUGUGCUCCAGGCUAUGAGGGGGAUCCCAUCCAGCCCGGAGGCAAAUGCAGCCCCAUUGGUCAGGAGCUCGCCAAGUGUGAUGCCCGCGGGGGCAAGGACGAUGCCAGUGGCACCUGCCGCUGCAAGCCCAACGUCGAGGGCCGGCUGUGCGACGCCUGCGCCGCUGGCACCUUCCACCUGAGCGCUGCCAACCCCGAGGGCUGCCUGCCCUGCUUCUGCAUGGGCAUCACCAGGCACUGCCACAGCUCCGCCUGGAGCCGCCACCAGGUGCUGCUGACAGCCGAGGGCACUGCGCCGCUGCCCCUGGCCAACCUGGCUGGCACCCAGACGGGCACCGGUGCCAGCUUCACCGCGCCGCAGGAGCUGCUCUUCGAUGCCUUCCAGACCCUGCCCCAGGAGGUCUACUACUGGGUGCUGCCCGAGGCCUUCACCGGGGACAAGGUGACGUCGUACGGCGGGGAGCUGCGCUACAGGGUGGCACACCGGGCACCGCCGGGCGCCCAGCCGCUGCCGCGCCAGCCGGACGUGGUGCUGCAGGGCAACGGCAUCCUCCUGGAGCACUUCUCCGGUGCCAGCUUCCCCCCCGGGGUGCCCACCGCCGUCACCGUGCCCUUCCGGGAGCACGCCUGGCGCCGGGCGGACGGGCACAGUGCCACCCGCGAGCACCUCCUGAUGGCGCUGGCAGACGUCGACCUCCUGCUGAUCCGAGCCACCUACUCGGAGCGGCCAGAGGAGAGCAGACUGGCAGACGUCAGCCUGGACGUGGCAGUGCCAGACGCCACCGGCCGCCCGCCCGCGCUGGAGGUGGAGGACUGCAGCUGCCCGGAUGGGUACCGCGGAGCCUCCUGCCAGGACUGUGCCACCGGCUACACUCGCAGCACCUCUGGGCUCUACCUGGGCACGUGUGAGCCAUGCCAGUGCCAUGGCCACGCCAGCGAGUGCCACCCCGAGACUGGUGUCUGCCAGGGCUGCCAAGACCACACAGAGGGUCCCCAAUGCGACAAGUGCCAAUCUGGCUACUACGGUGAUGCCACCCAGGGCACCCCAGGAGACUGCCAGCCCUGUCCCUGCCACGGACCACAGGGUGCCAGCCAGGAGACCAAGAUCUGCUUCGCGGACACGGACGGGCAGCCCACCUGCAGCGCCUGUGCCCCCGGGCACAGCGGGCGCCUCUGCCAGAGGUGCUCGCCCGGGUACGUGGGGGACCCGCUGCGGGGAGAGCCCUGCCGAGAGCCAGGUGCCCCCAGCGGGCAGUGCCAGUGUGACCCCCGUGGCAGUAUCGGUGAGGGCUGCGAUGCCAGCGGGCAGUGCCAGUGCAAGGCCAACGUGGAAGGUCCCCACUGUGCCACCUGCCGUGCCCACCAUUUCCACCUGAGUGCCAGCGAGCCGGCCGGGUGCCUGCCCUGCUUCUGCAUGGGCAUCGUCCAGCACUGUGCCAGCACCUCCUAUGCCCGCAGCGCCGUCCGGACGCCCUUCGCCCCUGGCAAUGCCCAGGGCUUCGCCUUGGUGAACCGGCAGCGCAGCACCCGGGUGGGCACCGGCCUGGUGGUGGAGCCUGGCACGGCCCAGCCCCGCCUCAGCUACCACCGCUUCGGGGAGCUGCCCCCUGACUCCUACUACUGGCAGCUGCCACCCCCCUACCAGGGGGACAAGGUGGGCUCCUACGGGGGUCGUCUCCGCUACACCCUGACGCACAGCCCGGGGGGGCAGGGGGCUGCCCUGCCCGACGCCGACGUCCAGAUCACGGGCAACGACAUCACGCUGGUGGCCUACCAGCCCGCCCUGCCCCCGCACAGCCCCCAGGCCAUGGAGAUCAUCUUCCGGGAGCAAUACUGGCAGCGGCCCGACGGGCAGCCGGCGACCAGGGAGCACCUGCUGAUGGCUUUGGCCGACCUGGAGGAGGUCCUGAUCCGAGCCACCUACUCCAGCAGCACCUCUGCCUCCAGCAUCGCCGACGUCAGCAUGGACACCGCUGUGCCCCCCCAGCCCGGCCUCCCCCCGGCCCUGGAGGUGGAGGAGUGCCGCUGCCCCCCCGGCUACCACGGCCUGUCCUGCCAGGACUGUGCCCCUGGUUACACCCGCUCCGGGGGGGGGCUGUACCUGGGGCACUGUGAGCUGUGUGAGUGCAAUGGGCACUCGGAGAGCUGCCACCCCGAGAGCGGCGCCUGCUCCGGAUGCUUGCACAACACUGCAGGGGAUUUCUGUGACCAGUGUGCCCCUGGGUUCUACGGCGAUGCCACCGCCGGUACCCCCGAGGACUGCCAGCCCUGUGCCUGUCCCCUCCCCUACCCCGAAAACCAGUUUUCCAGGACCUGUGAGAGUCUGGGAGGCAGCGGGUACCGCUGCACCGCCUGCGAGCCAGGCUACACCGGGCAGUACUGCGAGCGCUGUGCCCCUGGCUACACCGGUGACCCCACGGCCCUCGGGCAGGGCUGUGUCCCGGUGGGCUCCGCGGUGCCCCUGGCUGUCCACAUCCACCCCCCGCGCACCGCGGUGGCACAGGGCAGCGACGUCACCCUGCGGUGCCAGGCCACCGGCCAGCCCCCCUUCUACUACCACUGGGCACGAGAGGAUGGCAAACCCCUCCCUGAGGGUGCCCAGAGCCGGAGACAAGGUGAGGAGCUGCACUUCGCCAGCAUCCAGCCCUCCGCCGCCGGGGUCUACGUCUGCUCCUGCCGCAACCUGCGGCACAGCAAUGCCAGCCGCGCCGAGGUCAUCGUCACCGAGAGCCCUGACAAAGCCAUCACGGUGACCGUGGAGGAGAAGCGGGUACAGCGGGUACAGCCUGGCACCGACGUCACCUUCGUCUGCACUGCCAAGAGCAAGUCUCCCGCCUACACGCUGGUGUGGACGCGGCAGAGCCACGGGACGCUGCCGCCCGGCGCCGUGGACUUCAACGGCAUCCUGACGCUGCGGCGCGUGCGGCCCGAGGACGCCGGCGUCUACGUCUGCACCGGCUCCAACAUGCUGGCCAUGGACGAGGGCACCGCCACGCUCUACGUGCAGGCCCCCUCGAAGACCCAAAUGUUCUACGGCCCUGUGGAGUUCAUGGAGGGGCACAGACCUGCUGGCACCACCACCGCCCCCACCGCCAGCGUGGAGCCGGCGCAGCUGAGCGUGGCACCAGGGCAGCCGGCAGAGUUCCGCUGCCUGGGCACCGGCAACCCCCCGCCCACCCUCGAGUGGCUCGGCUCGCUGUCGCCGCGGGCGGUGGUGCAGGGCGGGACGCUGCGGAUCGGCGCCGUGGAGCCUGCCGACGAGGGGCACUACGCCUGCCGGGCACGCAGCAGCGCCGGGCACCACACGGCCAGGGCCUUCCUCCACGUGCAAGGGCCUGGCAGCCCCCAGGUGCAGGUGAGCCCGGAGCGGACGGAGGUGCAGGAGGGCUCCACGGUGCGGCUCUACUGCCGCGUCUCAGGGUCACCUACUGCCACCAUCACCUGGGAGAAGCAGGGUGGCACUCUGCCCCCGCAGUCCCGUGCCGAGCAGGGUGACAUCGCCACGCUGGUCAUCCCCUCCGUGGCACCGCCCGAUGGUGGCAUCUACCUCUGCGUGGGCACCAGCGCCGCUGGCACGGCCCGGGCAGCCAUCGAGGUGGCCGUGGUGCCAGGGAUGGCAGCGCCAGUCCGCAUAGAGUCCUCGUCCCCAUCCGUCACCGAGGGCCAGACCCUGGACCUUGACUGUGUGGUGGCAGGACCUGGCUCCAGCACCGUCACCUGGUACAGGCGCGGCGGCUCCUUGCCCGCCGGGCACCAGGUCUCAGGCUCCCGGCUGCGUGUGCCCCACGUCACGGCAGCCGACUCCGGCGAGUACGUGUGCAGGGCCAGCCUGGGCACCGGUGCCCGCGAGGCCUCCGUCGUUGUCACCGUGGUGCCCGGCUCCAGCUCGUCCUAUGGGCCAUCAGCUUCGGGUGUCCCUGUCCGGAUCGAGGCUUCCUCGUCCACCGUGGCCGAGGGACAGAGCCUGGACCUCAACUGUGUGGUGGCAGGGCAGGGCCAGGCCACUGUCACCUGGUACAAGCGUGGAGGGUCCCUGCCGGCCAAGCAUCAGAUGUCUGGCUCCCGGCUGCGGCUGCUGCAGGUGACGGCGGCCGACUCGGGCGAGUACGUGUGCAGGGUGACCAGCGGGGCCACCACCAAGGAGUCUGCUGUGAUGGUCACAAUCCAGCCCAGCUCUGCCAGCGCCUACCUGCCAGGCGGCAGCACCCCGCUGCGCAUCGAGUCCCCAUCCUCCACCCUGGCCGAGGGACAGACCCUGGACCUCAACUGCGUCAUCGCCAGCCCCGCGCAGGCCACCGUCACCUGGUACAAGCGCGGGGGGUCCCUGCCCGCCAGGCACCAGGUGUCUGGCUCCCGGCUGCGGCUGCUGCAGGUGACGGCGGCCGACUCGGGCGAGUACGUGUGCAGGGUGACCAGCGGGGCCACCACCAAGGAAACCUCCAUCAUGGUCACAAUCCAGCCCAGCUCUGCCAGCACCUACCCACCGGCCAGCACCACCCCGCUGCGCAUCGAGUCCUCGUCCCUGUCCUCUCCUGUGGCCGAGGGACAGACCCUGGACCUCAACUGCGUCAUCGCCAGCCCCGCACAGGCCACUGUCACCUGGUACAAGCGCGGGGGGUCCCUGCCCGCCAGGCACCAGAUGUCUGGCUCCCGGCUGCGGCUGCUGCAGGUGACGGCGGCCGACUCGGGCGAGUACGUGUGCAGGGUGACCAGCGGGGCCACCACCAAGGAAGUCUCCAUCAUGGUCACAAUCCAGCCCAGCUCUGCCAGCACCUACCCCAUUGGCGUCACCCCCCCACUGCGCAUCGAGUCCUCAUCCUCCUCCGUGGCUGAGGGACAGACCCUGGACCUCAACUGCAUCGUGGCAGGACAGGGUCAGGCCACCGUCACCUGGUACAAGCGUGGGGGGUCCCUCCCGGCCAAGCACCAGGUGUCGGGCACCCGGCUGCGCAUCCCGCAGGUGGCAGCAGGGGACUCUGGGGAGUACGUGUGCAGGGUGGCGUCGGGCGGCGUCACCCACGAGACCUCCCUCAUCGUCACCAUCCAGACCGGCGCUGGCUCCUCCUACGCUGUCGGUGUCACACCGCCCGUGAGGAUCGAGACCUCCUCCGCCGCCGUCACCGAGGGACAGACCCUGGACCUCAACUGCAUGGUGGCAGGACAGGGUCACCCCCACGUCACCUGGUACCGGCGCGGCGGGGCUCUGCCUCCCAACAGCCAGGUGUCGGGGACCCGCCUGCGGCUCUCGCAGGUGGCGGUGGCGGAUUCGGGGGAGUACGUGUGCAGGGUGACCCUGGGCACCGUCACGCAGGAGGCCUCUGUCAUUGUCACCGUGCCCAGCAGCGCUGGCACCUAUUACACCUCCGGUGUGUCCCAGCCCCUCCGCAUCGAGUCCUCGUCCUCGGCCAUCGCUGAGGGACAGACCCUGGACCUCAACUGCGUGGUGGCAGGGUCUGGUCCUGUCACUGUCACCUGGUACAAGCGCGGUGGCUCCUUGCCCGCUGGCCACCAGGUGUCCGGCACCCGGCUGCGCAUCCCCCAGGUGACAGCUGCCGACUCCGGGGAGUACGUGUGCCGGGUGACGUCGGGAGGUGUCACGCAGGAGACGUCCCUCAUUGUCACCAUCGAUGACGGGGACAGCCCAGCCCACCCCUCUGGCAUCACUCCCCCCAUCCGCAUCGAGUCCUCGGCAUCCUCCGUCACCGAGGGGCAGACCCUGGACCUGGACUGCCUGGUGGCCGGCCAGGGCCAGGCCACCAUCACCUGGUACAAGCGUGGCGGGGCCCUGCCAGCCAAGCACCAGGUGUCGGGGUCCCGCCUGCGGCUGUCGCAGCUCUCGGUGGCCGACUCCGGGGAGUACGUGUGCCGGGCGGACGUGGGCAGCACCUCCCGCGAGGCCUCCGUCGCCGUCACCGUCACCUCCCGGGACAGCUCCAGCUACCGUCUGCAGAGCCCUAUCAUCUCCAUCGACCCCCACAGCAUGGCGGUGGCGCCGGGCGAGGAUGCCACCUUCAAGUGCCGCGUCCACGACGGCGCCCAGCCCAUCAACAUCACCUGGCGGAUGGGACCUGGCCAACACCUCCAAGACAACGUGAAGGUCAGCAGCAAUGGCUCCGUCAUCUCCAUCACCCGUGCCCACGUGGGCAACCAGGGCGCCUACCACUGCGUGGCCUCCAACCGCUUCGGCGUCGCCAGCAGCGUCGUCAACCUCCUGGUGCAAGGUGCCCCCACGGUGUCGGUGAUGCCUCCAGGCCCAGUGACGGUGAAGGAGGGCAAGUCCCUGAGUGUGGAGUGCCUGGGCCGGGGUGAGCCGCGGCCGCUGGUGCGCUGGAGCCGGCCCGGCUCCCGGCACAAGGUGGAGCACCAAACGCUGCUGCACAUGGACAGCCAGGCAGUGCUGCAGUUCUCCCCAGCCAAGCUGGAGCACACCGGGAGCUACGUCUGCACGGCACACAGCGCCCUGGGCUCGGCGCAGGCGCGGCUGGAGGUCACCGUGGAGCCGGCGCAGCGGCACCCAGGGGCCCCCGAGGUCACCGCGCCCUCCACCGUCACCGUGGUGGCUGGGGACACCGCCACACUGCACUGCACGGCCACAGGGGACCCGGCGCCGCGGGUGGAGUGGUCGAAGCUGCGGGCACCGCUGCCCUGGCAGCACCGUGUGGUCAACGGCAGCCUGGUGAUCCCCCGCGCGGCGCCGCAGGACUCAGGGCAGUACAUCUGCAACGCCAGCAGCGCCGCCGGCCACACCGAGGUCUUCAUCACCCUCGACGUGGAGACUCCGCCCUACGCCACCACCCUGCCGGAGGAGGCCACGGUGCAUGCCGGCGAGGGGCUGCAGGUGCAGUGCGUGGCCCAUGGCACCCCACCCCUGGACUAUGCCUGGGAGAAGGUCAACGGCAGCCUGUCGGCACGAGCCGUGCACCGCGGCGGCCUCCUGCGCAUCAGCCCUGCGCUGCCGGCCGACGCCGGCACCUACCGCUGCCGAGUCGCCAACCGCGUGGGCGCCGCCGAGACCUUUGCCCGCGUGCUCGUCCACGGUGGCGCCGGUUAUGGCGAGGAUGCCCUCGGUGGGGCCCUGACGGUGCGGGUGACGCCGGGCAGCCUGGUCCGGGGGGUCGGUGGCACUGCCGAGUUCUCCUGCGGCGUCUCGGGGGACCCCCGGGCACGGCUGGAGUGGCUGAAGCUGGGCGGGGAGCUGCCCCCCACCCACAGCGUGCGGGACGGGGUGCUGCGGCUGCCGGAGCUGGCGUGGGGGGCGCAGGGGGUGUACGUGUGCCGUGCCAGCGCGCCCGGCGGGCAGGCGGAGGACAGGGCCACCCUCACCAUCCAGGCUCUCCCCAGGGCCUUGAUCAACAUCCGGACAGCGGUGCAGACGGUGCUGGCGGGCACAACGGUGGAGCUGGAGUGCCUGGGCCUGGGUGAUCCCCGUCCCCAUGUCACCUGGAGCAAAGUGGGGGGCCAGAUCCGUCCCGGGGUGCUGGUCCACGAGGGCACCCUCACCAUGGAGCAGGUGGAGCGGGCGGACGCUGGGCAGUAUCGCUGCACCGCCACCAACUCCCUGGGCACCGUCCAGUCCCACGUCAUCCUGCACGUGCAAGCCACCCCCCAGAUCGCCGGGCAGCCCGAGGUGAAGGAGGUCUCGCUGGGUUCCGCGGCUGUUUUGCCCUGCUUGGCAUCCGGCUUCCCGGUGCCAGAGAUCAGCUGGAGCAAGCUGGAGGGGGAGCUGCCAGCGGGUGCCCGGGUGGAGGGCAACGUCCUGACCCUGCCGGCCGUGCGCCACGAGGACGCCGGAGUCUACGCCUGCGCCGCCGCCAACCGCCGCGGCCAGCAGACAGCUUACUACGUGCUGAAGGUCCGAGAGCGCCUGGUGCCCUACUUCGGGCAGACUCCGCGCUCCUUCCUGCCGCUGCCCACCAUCAAGGACGCCUACAAGAGGUUCGAGAUCCUCAUCACCUUCCGGCCCGACGCUGCCGACGGUCUCCUCCUCUACAACGGGCAGCGGAAAACCAGCGGCGCCGACUUCAUCUCCUUCGGUUUGGUGGGCGGGCGCCCCGAGUUCAGGUUUGACGCCGGGUCGGGCAUGGCCACCAUCCGGCACCCGACGCCGCUGCGCCUGGGCGAGUACCACACGGUGCGGCUGCUGCGCAACCUCACCCGCGGCUCCCUGGCACUGGAGGGGCACCCCCCGGUGAAUGGCACCUCCCAGGGCAAGUUUCAGGGGCUGGAUCUGAACGAGGAGCUGUACCUGGGCGGUUACCCUGAUUUCGGCGCCGUGGCCAAGACAGGGCUGAGCCAGGGCUUUAUGGGCUGCGUGCGCCAGCUCCGCAUCCAAGGGGAGGAGGUGGCCUUUGGGGACAUGGACCUGCAGGCACACGGCAUCAGCAGCUGCCCCACCUGCCAGGACCACCCGUGCCAGAACGGUGGCGUGUGCCAGGACGCCGACAGCGACUCCUACAUCUGCCGCUGUCCCCCCGGCUUCACCGGCAGCAACUGCGAGUACUCACAGGCUCUGCACUGCCACCCAGAGGCGUGCGGGCCUGAUGCCACCUGCGUCAACCGGCCGGACGGGCAGGGCUACACCUGCCGCUGCCACCUGGGCAAGGCUGGCCAGAGGUGCACCGAGGGCGAGGUGGUGUCUGUGCCAUCCUUCACCGAGGACGGAGCCUUCGUGUCCUACCCUCCCCUCACCAACGUGCACCACGAGCUGCGCCUGGAGGCCGAGUUCCUGCCCCUGGCACCUGAUGGCCUCCUGCUCUUCAGCGCUGGCAAAGCUGCCCCCGUGGAGGACUUCGUGGCCUUGGCCAUGGUCGGAGGCCACCUGGAGUUCCGCUACGAGCUGGGCUCAGGCACUGCAGUCCUGCGGAGCACCGAGCCGGUGGCGCUGGGCCGCUGGCACCGGGUGACAGCCGAGAGGGUGCACAAGGACGGCAGCCUGGCGCUGGACGAGGCGGCGCCGGUGAAGCGCUCGUCCCCCGGCAAGAGCCAGGGCCUCAACCUCCGCUCCCCCCUCUACCUGGGGGGCACCGAGCCCCCCCUGCGCCCCCCCACCAACGCCACCUUCCAGGGCUGCAUCGGAGAGGUGUCCGUCAACGGGAAGAAGCUGGAUCUGUCCUACAGCUUCCUGCGCAGCCGCGGCGUGCGGCAGUGCGGGCAGAGCUCCCCCUGCCUGCGCGCUGCCUGCCUGCACGGCGGCCGCUGCCUGCCCCUGCCCCUGCCCGCGGGCACCGCUGCCUACCGCUGCCUCUGCCCGCCCGGCUACGGCGGGCCUCGCUGCGAGCGGGAGGAGGAUGCCUGCCUGCAGCGCAACCCCUGCCUGCACGGCGGCACCUGCAAGGACAGCCGCUGCCUCUGCCCCCCUGAGUACACCGGUGCCUACUGCCAGCACAGCUUGGCGCUGGCGGAGCUGGAGCAGGAGUGGCAGGAAGGCAGCGGAGGCAGCGAUGCCCCUGGACAGUUCAGUGCCACCUUCCAGGACGGCUCCUACCUGGCCCUGCCUGGGUACCUCUUCCCCCGCGGCCCACCCGAGGCAGCUGAGACCAUGGAGCUGGAGCUGCGGACGGACAGUGCCAACGGACUGCUGCUGUGGCACGGGGCGGAGCCCAGUGAGGGUGGCAAAGCCAAAGACUUCCUUGGCCUCGGCUUGAAGGAUGGGCACCUGGUGUUCAGCUACCAGCUGGGCAGCGGCGAGGCCACCCUUGUGUCUGAAGACCCCAUCAACGAUGGCGAGUGGCACCGGGUGACGGUGACCAGGGAGGGCCGGCGUGGGCUGCUGCAGGUGGACGGUGAGGAGCCGGUGAGCGGAGAGUCACCAGGAAGCAACAUCAUGGCCAACACCCAGGGCAGCAUCUACCUGGGCGGCGCCCCGGACCCCCGCGGCCUGACGUGGGGCAAGUUCAGCUCUGGCAUCAGCGGCUGCCUGCGGGGGCUGGUGCUGGCCCCCGCCGGGACCCCCAGGCACCCCAUUGACCUGCGGCACGGCGCGGUGGGGGGGUCCCCCGUGCCCCCCUGCCCUUCCUAACCCCCCUCCCCCCUCCCCAAAUCCAUUCUGGGGGGAGUUUGGCCAAUUUUAUUCAUUUCCAAAACCAAACCACAGCCCAAACCCCAAGCCAGGAGGACACGGUGCUUGCUGCCCCGGGGUGACGCCGGGGGGGGGGCCGGGACCCCCACAUCUGUUUACACCCCCCCACCCCACCCCACCCCGGACACCCCCCCCACCCCCCUACACGCACACACAGAGACUGUGCCGGGGCGGCCCGGCCGCCUGGGUGCCCCCCAGGGUGGUGGCCGCAGGGUGGGGCUGCGAGGGACAAUCGGGGGGGCUGGGGGGACCCCUCCGUGGGGACAGUUAAUAAAGAGAGA